AUGGCUACAGCAUCGGCCAUGAUUGACUUUUCGAACCUUCCGCCCCUCCCAGAGUACCAUCUCACUCCGCUUCCGUCCUUACUUCCUCCAAUACCCGACAAGCUCCUCACUCUCCUAUUACCAAUCUUCGCCUACUGGGCCCUCUCAAUGUUCUUCCACUGGAUCGACACAAAAGAUUACUUUCCACAAUACCGAUUACACACACCCGCCGAAGUCUCAAAGCGCAAUCGGGUCUCAAGAUGGGAGGUCAUACGGGAUGUGCUGAUACAGCAGGUCGUUCAGACGGCUGUUGGGUGGGUGCUUGGCAUGACGGAACCGGACGACUUCUUUGGGAAGGAGCAGUAUGAUGUGGCAGUGUGGGCGAGACGAAUCAGGAUUGCGGAGAAGAGUAUACCAAGAUUGCUGGCUACUGUGGGCCUGGACGCUAGGGGGAUUGCCAAGACUCUCGGAGCGUCGCAUCCAACGCUCGCCGGUGCGCUUCAGGGAGGGCAGUACCCGUCGCUGGAAAAUUUGAGCGCUGUUGGCAGUGCUUCAAAAGUGGGUACGCCAGGCUUUGCUGGCUGGGAGCUCAUGCUUGCUUCUGCCAUCUACUGGGUUCUGGUACCCGCCCUCCAAUUCGGGCUGGCAAUUCUGGUGGUGGAUACAUGGCAGUACUUCCUGCACCGGGCGAUGCAUAUGAACAAGUGGCUCUACACCACAUUCCACUCACGCCACCACCGCCUGUAUGUACCCUAUGCCUACGGUGCCCUGUACAAUCACCCAUUUGAAGGAUUUCUGUUGGACACGCUUGGCGCAAGUAUAGCAUACAAACUCGCUGGGAUGAAUACGCGACAAGGAAUGGUCUUCUUUGCAGGCUCAACUAUUAAGACUGUCGAUGAUCACUGUGGAUACGCUUUGCCCUGGGACCCUCUACAACACAUCACGUCAAACAAUGCCGGCUACCACGAUGUGCACCAUCAGAGUUGGGGCAUCAAGACGAACUUCUCACAACCAUUUUUUACCUUCUGGGACCGACUUCUCGGCACGGUUUGGACCGGCGGAGACGUAUCUGCCCGCUACGAGCGCUCGCGCCUCGCUGCACAAAAAGCUUUCGAUACUGAUAACAAAAAGACCACAGUUACACACUCAAACCCCGCAGACAGCGGCACCCAAGACCCAAAGCCUUACGAAAAUGAUCUGCGAGACGCUACCGACCUACCAUCAAUACCCAUCAAAAACCGCCAGCCUGAGCCUCCAGCCGGAAAAGCAGAGCUCCAAGCAGCAGGCUCUCGUCAGCAGAUCUUAGAUGAUAAGAAGGACGGCGGGCCGGGUGUCCUAGUCGAUGAAGCGUAUGAAGAGAAAGAGGCCAGAGGCUUCCUAAGGCGAAGUCCGAGGAAGAGAGCACCUAGUACGCUAUCGUCCAAAGACGGCUUCAAAGGAUUGAGGGAUCGGGUACCGACAAGUAUGCAUGGAAGGGCGAGGGGCAUCAUCGGAGUUGAUGGGAGCAGGUAG